AUGUCUCCAGUCCGAAUAAUCCCGUCUAUCGACGAGCAGCUAGCCAGGGCACAACGCAAAGACUCACUUACAAUGCCUGAACGGUCCGAGGCAAAUGCGAAGGAGGCAACUCAAAACUUCUCAAGAGAAAAGCUCCAACCAUUAAUGUCGCAUACGAAUCCAGCGUUGAAGCCUGGUGUAACGUUUGCAGCACAAGACAAGCUGCCAAAGCUACCGAUUCCCGACCUCGAAUCAACAUGUACCAAAUAUCUGGCCGCGCUCGAUCCUCUCCAGACAGCUCGCGAGCAUGUAGAGAGCGAACGAGCCGUGCAAGAGUUCCUACGAGCAGAAGGCCCAGAUCUGCAGGAAAAGCUCAAACAGUACUCUCAGGGAAAAAGCAGCUACAUUGAACAAUUCUGGUACGACUCAUACCUUAACUAUGACAACCCGGUCGUGCUUAACUUGAACCCGUUCUUCCUACUCGAAGAUGACCCGACUCCAGCCCGGAACAACCAGGUAACCCGAGCAGCUUCCCUGGUCGUUUCCGCAUUGUCCUUCGUCCGCGCCGUCCGGAAAGAGGAACUGCCACCAGAUACUCUGCGCGGUCAACCAUUAGACAUGUAUCAGUACUCCAGGAUGUUUGGCACGGCUCGCAUACCCACAGAGAAUGGCUGCCAGAUUAAUCAGGAUCCGAGUGCCAAGCAUUUGGUUGUUCUCUGUCGCGGUCAAUUCUACUGGUUCGAUGUGCUGGACGACAAUCAUGAUCUUAUCAUGACCGAGAAAGAUGUCGCGCUCAAUCUGCAAGUCAUCGUCGACGAUGCCGUGCUGACUCCAGUCAAUGAGGCAGCUAAGGGUGCAUUAGGUGUGCUCAGUACCGAGAACCGCAAAAUCUGGUCUGGACUCCGCGACCUGAUUAGCAAAGAACAAGGUACCAACAACAGUGACUGUCUCGAUAUCGUAGACUCGGCCCUUUUCAUACUUUGCCUAGACUGGACCGAGCCAACAAACACCGAUGAUCUGUGCAUGAAUAUGCUUUGUGGUACUUCUGAGAUCGACAGAGGUGUCCAGGUCGGCACUUGUACGAAUAGAUAUUACGACAAGCUGCAAAUUAUUGUAUGCAAGAAUGGCAGUGCUGGCAUUAACUUCGAACAUACUGGUGUGGACGGCCACACUGUCUUGCGAUUUGCUUCCGAUGUAUACACGGACACCAUCCUCCGCUUCGCCCGAAGCAUCAACGGCCAAGCACCUUCAUUAUGGGCAUCAAGCUCGCCCGACCCAUCGAAGCGUGACCCAAAGAGCUUCGGGGAUGUUAGCACCACGCCACACAAGCUCGAAUGGGAUAUGGUACCUGAGCUAUCGACCGCCAUCCGCUUUGCCGAGACUAGACUGGCAGAUCUCAUACAACAGAAUGAGUUCUCCACCCUUGAAUUCAUGCAUUACGGCAAGAACUUUAUGACUUCCAUGGGCUUCUCGCCCGAUGCCUUCGUGCAGAUGGCGUUCCAAGCAGCGUACUAUGGCAUGUAUGGUCGUGUGGAAAGCUGCUACGAACCAGCCAUGACCAAGAUUUACUUUCACGGCCGCACUGAAGCAAUCCGGCAAGUAACGCCCGAAAGUGUGGAGUUCGUUCGGACCUUCUGGGCGGAGACAGCACCGCAGAAGAAGAUCGAGGCUCUGAAGAAAGCGUGCGAGAAGCAUACGGCGAUCACUAAAGACUGUGCCAAGGCGCAGGGACAAGAUCGACAUCUUUACGCUAUCAUGUGUCUCUGGCAGCGACAAGUCGAUGGGGAAGGGAUGUCGAUGUCGGAGACUGCGAGCACGAACGGCGAUAGCACGAACGGCUACAGCAGUCCGGUUAGCGAGAGAGGCGGCAUGAACUCACCCAACCGCAACAGUAUGCUCAGUGAAGACGGCAGUGUACCCUCCCGCUCUCCGCCCCGCGGCCCAGCCGCCAUUCUCCCUGCCAUUUUUGCCGAUGCAGGCUGGGAUAGACUCAAUAACACCAUCCUCAGCACCUCCAACUGUGGAAAUCCAUCUCUCCGCCAAUUUGGUUUCGGUCCAACUUCUGGUGAAGGCUUCGGUAUAGGCUAUAUCAUCAAAGACGGGUCCGUCUCCAUCUGCGCCAGUUCUAAGCAUAGACAGACGAAACGGUAUAUCGAUGCUUUGGAGAAUUACUUUCUGGAGAUUAGAAAGUUGUUGAGGCAGACGCAGCGGAGGGGGACGAGUCAGGAUAAGAAUGCGAGUCGGGCUAGGGAGGCGGAGGAGAAGAGGCCGAAGGGGACGAGGCUGAAGAGUAGAGGGAGGAUUAUCCAGGAGGUCGGGAGCUCUCAGAAGACUGAGGGAGAUGAGAGUGGAGUCGCUAGUGAUGACGAUGAGUUGGGUGGUUAUGGCUUUUUCGACGCAGGCAUGCUUCUACAAGCUCUCAAGGCGAAGGAGGAAGGAGAGCAGAGAUCUAGUGAGAAAGUGGCGCAGAGACGAGAAGUGGGCAAGAAGUUGAGGCUGAUGGAGUAUUGA